AUGGCUGCUGAACCACCAUCACUUGAAGAACUUCUCGAGAAGAAAAAGCAAGAGGAAGAUGAAAUGGCGAAAGUGAGUGUAAACGGUUGUUUCGUUGUAAAAUCAUUGAAUUUUCAGCCAAAGUUUCUGACGAAAGAAGAGCGAGCUGCAUUGGCUCUGAAGCGACGAGAAGAGCAAGUCGCGAAGAUUCGGGAUGCUCAGAAACAAGCCGAGGAGGCUAGAAAGAAUUGGGGCCGAGUCGAAAAGCCGGCUGAAGAUAGAAAGGAUCGGGAUUAUGGGAGGGAUCGAGGAUCAGAUCGAGGAAUGGAUCGUGGAAUUGACAGAGACCGAGAACGAGACAGGGAUCGUCGGAGAGAUCGACGUGAUCGGAGCAGGUCUCGGGACAAAAGACGAAGCAGAAGUCGAGAUCGAGAUGGAAGACGUCGGGAUAGAAGUCGUAGCAGAGAGCCGAGAGAUCGAAGAGACGAUCGGAAAAGAGAUCGUGAUAGUGAUGAUGGAGACGACACUGGAAAGAUGGCAAAUGCAGUGAAGGACAGAUAUCUAGGAAAACAAAAGGAGAAGAAGAAGAGAGGGAGACGACUUCACGAGAAGAAGUUUGUCUUCGAUUGGGACGCUGGAGAGGACACUUCACAGGAUUACAAUAAGCUCUAUCAGAGUCGCCAUGAAAUUCAAUUCUUCGGAAGAGGAUCCGUCGCUGGAAUGGAUGUGAAUGCACAGAAGAAAGAGAAGAACUCAUUCUAUCAAGAGAUGAUGGAAACUAGAAGAACUGCCGAUGAGAAGGAACAAGAGAAGAAUCGUUUGGAGAAGGAGAAGACGAAGGAGAAGAAGGUGGCUCAUGACGAUCGUCACUGGAGAAUGAAGGAGUUGUCCGAGAUGACUGACAGAGAUUGGCGAAUCUUCCGUGAAGAUUUCAACAUCUCCAUCAAAGGAGGAAAGGUUCCACGUCCUCUUCGUAACUGGGAGGAAUCCGGAUUCCCAGAUGAAGUUUAUCGAGCAGUCCAAGAGAUUGGAUAUUUGGAGCCCACGCCAAUUCAAAGACAAGCAAUUCCCAUCGGUCUUCAGAAUCGAGACGUCAUCGGUGUGGCAGAAACAGGUUCCGGAAAAACUGCCGCUUUCCUACUUCCACUUCUUGUGUGGAUCACAAGUCUUCCGAAAAUCGAACGCCAAGAGCACAGUGAUCAAGGUCCUUAUGCAAUUAUUUUAGCUCCAACAAGAGAAUUGGCUACUCAGAUCGAAGAAGAAACCAACAAGUUUGGAAAGCUUCUCGGUAUCCGCACAGUUUCAGUCAUCGGAGGAGCCAGCAGAGAAGAACAAGGAAUGAAGCUUCGUAUGGGAGUUGAAGUGGUCAUUGCAACACCCGGACGUCUUAUGGAUGUCCUCGAGAAUCGUUACCUGCUUCUCAAUCAGUGCACCUAUGUGAUUCUCGACGAGGCCGAUCGUAUGCUCGACAUGGGUUUCGAACCGGAUGUUCAGAAAAUUCUCGAAUACCUUCCAGCGUCGAAUAUGAAGAAGGAUACAGAUGAGUUCGAUAACGAGGAGGCGCUGAUGAAAGGAUUCGAAACGAGAGACAAGUAUCGACAAACUGUCAUGUUCACUGCAACAAUGUCACCGGCAAUCGAGCGAUUGGCACGUCAGUAUUUGAGAAGACCAGCAGUGGUGCAUAUCGGAAAUGCAGGAAAGCCAACCGAGAGAGUAGAACAGGUUGUCUACAUGAUCACCAAAGAUCGCAAGCCGAAGAAGUUGCUAGAAGUGAUCUCCCAACACGACAAGUACCCAAUCAUCGUCUUUGUCAACCGGAAGCAUGGAGCAGAUUCGUUAGCUAAGGGUCUAGCCAAAGUCGGCAAGAAGACCAGUGUUCUUCACGGUGGAAAGGGUCAAGAUGCGAGAGAAUACGCUUUGAAGGCACUUAAAGAUCAAGAAACGAAGAUUCUUGUGGCUACGGAUGUUGCUGGAAGAGGUAUUGAUAUCAAGGACGUCUCAUUGGUUAUCAACUACGAUAUGGCUAAGACAAUCGAGGAUUACACUCACAGAAUUGGAAGAACUGGUCGAGCCGGCAAACAUGGAAAAGCAAUCACCUUCCUCACGGCAGAUGACACGGCAGUGUAUUACGACUUGAAGCAGUGUCUCCUCGAGUCGCCCAUCUCAUCAUGCCCACCGGAACUCGCUAAUCACGAAGCAGCCCGCGCGAAGCCAGGACAGAUCACUUCGAAGAAACGUCAGGAUGAGACGUUGUAUCUGAAAUAA